AUGGAGCGUGUACUUCAGACGGCCGUCACCUCGGUCACUCCGCAGUUCAACGGCCCAUGUGACGCGGACACAGUCGGAGCCAUCAUUGGCCUGUCUGUUAGCUGUGGCGUACUCUUCGUCGUCGUGCUGGUAAUGACGUACGCCUACAGCCGGUGCCGUGUCAAGUACCGCGCGCUGCAGCUGCAGCUUCACCCUCGGGGCGAUAUCCAGCUCGAACCGCAAGGGGCAGCCAGCGGACACCAACGGGUGCCUGUACCAGAGCCGGACGCCCCUGAGCCGCGGCCCGAAGACGACGAUUGA